GCAACCUUUCAUCUCAACUUCAUAUCCUCGCGACAGAUGACUGUAUCAUAGGAACUAACCAUGGCAGUAAAAGCAUCCCUUCCUCUCCCACCACCUCCUCCUCCAUCAUCUGGCUCUCUCGCACCACCACCACCCCCUCUAGAUUCAUCAGCACCGCCGCCUCCACCAGAGGACAUUCCACCACCUCCGCCACCAAGCGAUGAACCGCUCGGGCCUGCUUUAGGUGUUCGCGGCAGUGUCGGUAGUGUGACUGGAUCAAUUCCAAGCAGGAAAGUAGCUAAGCAGCCACCCAGUAUCGAGGAUUUUCUGAAGAAGAAGAGGGAAGCGGACGCGCUAGCUGCAAAGCCAAGGUUUAUACCCCGAGCUCAACGUGAAAAAUACGCGAAGGCCGAAGAACAGCGUCAAGCUGAAGAGCGAGCGCGAAGGGAAGAGGCAACGCGUUUGGAAAGAGCCAAGUUCAUGGCAGAGGCUGGUAUGAGUGAAACAGCGAGCAGUACACGUGGGACCAAUGGAAGCGCGCGACCUGCCAUACCUACCGGACCAAGAUCACAAAGACAAGAGGCUCCUAGAGGACCUAGCGCGAUGCGCAACAGGCCUGGAGAAAAGACAAACAUGCCACCGCCUGGCAAGCAGAGUGCUACUGUCGCGGCACCCACGGAUAACAAGAAACGAGCAAUAAACCCCGAAGAAGCGGAGAAGGAGUUGAUCAGACAGCGAUACAUGGGUGUGGACAACAAUGUUUCGACUUUCUCGGCGAAAAAGAAGCGAAAGCGGACCACAGAGAAGAAAUUCAACUUUGAGUGGAACCCAGAAGAAGAUACCAGCCAGGAUUACAACCCUCUGUACCAAGACCGGACGGUGGCAUCUUUCUACGGACGAGGUCGAUUAGGUGGUUAUGCAGAUAACGAGGCCGGUGCUCGUGCGUACACAGAUGCUAUCAAAAAGCUCAGCAAGAGCGAUGAGACAGCACGAAUAAAUGCAAUCAUGGACAUGGAAAGACGUCAAAGGGAUGCAGGUGGACGCGGUGUAUUGGAGAAGCACUGGAGUGAUAAGGAGUUGUCUCAGAUGCGCGAACGUGACUGGCGCAUCUUCAAGGAAGACUUCAGCAUCAGCACCAAAGGCGGAACAUUACCAAAUCCGAUGCGGUCAUGGGACGAGUCCGAUCUGCCCGAAGAUGUCCUCGCUAUCAUCAGACGGGUCGGUUAUACCGAUCCUUCGCCAGUACAAAGGGCUUCUAUCCCUAUUGCUCUGCUCAACCGCGACCUGAUCGGAGUUGCUGUCACUGGUUCCGGUAAAACUGCUGCCUUCCUGCUACCUUUACUAGUCUAUAUCAAAGAUCUGCCUACCUUCAACGACUUCAACCGCAAUGACGGGCCGUACGCAGUCAUUCUCGCUCCAACUCGUGAGUUGGCGCAACAGAUCGAAUCAGAAGCAACAAAAUUUGCGUCGCCACUCGGCUUCAAGGCUGUCAGUAUCGUUGGUGGUCACUCUAUUGAAGAGCAAGCAUACAACAUGCGCGAAGGAGCACAUAUUCUCAUUGCUACGCCUGGUCGUCUCCUAGACUGCAUCGAGCGUCGUGUCCUAGUCCUCAGCCAAUGUUGCUACGUUAUUAUGGAUGAGGCUGAUCGCAUGGUCGACCAAGGUUUCGAAGAGCCGCUGAACAAGAUCCUUAACGCUCUCCCAGUCUCCAACGAGAAGCCCGACAACGAUGAUGCUGAGAAUCCGGUGGUAAUGAGCCGUCGUCUAGGAGGCAAAGACCGCUACCGCCAGACAAUGAUGUUUACAGCCACUAUGCCAGCAGCUGUCGAGCGCAUCGCAAAGAAAUACCUGCGCCGCCCCGCCACAGUAACCAUUGGUAACGCCGGCGAAGCAGUCGACACAGUCGAGCAACGUGUCGAGAUGAUCUCAGGCGAAGAGAAGCGGAAGAAGCGCCUCGAGGAAAUCCUACGCUCGAACCAGUACGCGCCACCAAUCAUUGUCUUUGUCAACAUCAAGCGUAACUGUGACACGAUCGCGCGUGACAUCAAGCACUGGGGAUACUCGGCUGUCACACUGCAUGGUAACAAGACACAAGAACAGCGUGAGGCGUCUCUGUCUCAGCUGCGUAAUGGAACUGCAGACAUCCUCGUCGCAACCGAUCUUGCGGGUCGUGGUAUCGACGUGCCGGACGUUAGUCUGGUGGUUAACUUUAACAUGACUGGGAGCAUCGAGGCUUAUACACAUCGUAUUGGACGUACGGGUCGUGCAGGGAAGACGGGUACAGCGAUUACUUUCUUGGGACACGAGGAUGAGGACGUCAUGUACGAUCUCAAGUCCAUGCUGCAGAAGUCGGACAAGAGCCGCGUUCCGGAGGAGCUACGCAAGCAUCCUGCUGCGCAGCAGAAGAAGACACACGGCCAGAGAAAGGCCGAGAAGACGGAGGAGAAUGGUGGCGGACAGCAGCGUGGCAGCGGGUGGUGAGAGGUGAGAGGUGGAGUGUUCAUACUGACUAUCGUAUCGUCGCAAUCAGGAUAUUACUGCUGUGUGUAGCAAAGCGGACGGCUUUCUUGCAAGCAUCAUUUGGGUAUUCAUGGCACUUUUUAUCAUAUCAUGUAUCAACAACACUCGUCAUCGACGGAGAAACCCUGCUGUCGAGUACGACAGGCAAGAUAAUACAUGACUCAUUAUGAUCCUACCUGAAAAAACAUUUCAAUCUGCAUUCCAAGUAACGCGAGUCAAAGACUCUUUCUUCACUACUCUAAUCAAUAGUAUAGUCGGAAAGGAAGAUAGCAGGCUUAAUUAUAGUAAAUGCGC